AUGGUUGACAUGAAUAGCAUGUUUGAAGUAAUGAAAAUGCUCACGGCUGUAGCAAAGCAGAAAAAUGCACAGAAUAAGAGUAGACUGGAUGGAGGAGGGACGGCGUACCGUAGGAGCCCGAGCCCAAGGUCAAGCGAACUGUGGGCGCGGCAACGUGGCGGCGCGCUCAAGGCGAAACGUUUGGGAAGAAGCUCCAGGUCGCCGGCACCGCCACCGUCGGCGAAGCGGACGGAGCAGCGCCGCCUGGUGAAAAGUUUUUGUUUUGGAAGAGAAAGGUGUCACGGGAGGCCCAGAAAUGUCUAUUCUUCCAACAGCCCAGUACGUUGGGCUGGGGGAGGCGGGCCGCCUCAUACACUUUCCUUGCUCGCUUCCACCGUCGCAGUUGCCGGCGGCGCUUCCUCCGCCGCGGCCGUGGCGGCGAUAUGGACCAUCAGCCCCCGGUGGCUCUCCCUCGCUUCUCCGCCGUCUCACAUAUUCCUACCGCACCCAGCCUGUGGGCGCGCCGGCAUUGAUCGCCGGCCUUCGGACAGGGGCCAUAGGGUACCUCGCCGCCGCCUUCGGUCUCAUCCCCCCUGUGUCCUCGUCGACGAAGUAAGGAUGCGGAUGGGGAUGAAUCACGCGGGCGCAACUCAGAAUCUGUGGAAUUUGGAGGCCAUCACCGUCACUCUGGAAGAAGCUCCUGGGGGCAAGCUGAAGCUGACACUGGUGGGCAGCUGCCUGGAAGCAUGGAGCUGGAGGCCUGUAUGCCUCUUUUACUGGCCUUACCUAUCAUACCAUUAACCAUGUCUCACUCACCAUAAUUCCAUGAAUUACGUCCAAACGAGGGUGGCAAAAAGCCUUGUCAUCUUGCUGAACAUAUGUGAAUUAGUUGUUUCUUAUACACAUUUUGUGGCGCUGAGUAUUUUGCUGUGCCGUUUACAGAUUGAAUCGUUCCUCA